AUGCCUCCACCGCGCCCUCAGACCCCCGGGGGCGGUCGGGGGCCGCGCGCGGCCUCACGGCGCCAACUCUUCACGAGGGCCCUGCUCCCGCCCCGUCUCACGGAGAGCCUUCCUCCCGGGGGGCUCCAGCCACGCAGCGGCCCUGUCUCCCCGGGUCGGAGGCCCGCCGGGCGUCCGGGCGGGCUGCCCGCGCGCUUCCUGAAGCCGCUCGCGGACCGCGGCGGCCGGCCCCCGGACGCGGGCGCGGAAGCCGCGACCUCCCGAGCCGCACGCGCCACCGCCAACUUCAGAGGCUCUAAACUUUGCAGCGCGGCGGCCGGGCGCGGCCUCGGGGGCGGGGCGGAAGUGCACCCCGCCUCCGCCCGCCCCGCGCCCGAGGCCCAGACCGGGGGCUACCCGGAGCCAGGGCUGGUCCAAGGUCGCCUUCGGGCCCGAGGACCCCGGCAGCUGUGGGAGAGCGAGGCCCACAGAGCGCCCUGGGCCGCGGGGGAAGAGAGCGAGUGGAUCCCACACGUGGAACUGCAGAUACCGACCCGCCCGCUGCCCCGCGCCCGAGCACAGCGUGGCCGUUGCGCCCGCCUGGGCGCGGAACCCCAGAGCCGCACGUCGGAGGAGAGCGCGCGCCUUGGGAGCUUCAGCGCGUCGUCCUGCAAGGAGGGCUGCCCGCGCCGGGGCAAAGCCGUCGGCCUCCCCAAACCCUGGGGGGGCAGCCCCUCACGAGCAAGCCCCGCCAAGCCCCGCCGGGCAGGAUCCCUGGAAGCCUCCGCCGGCCGCCGGGGGGUGGCAGCCCAGGCACUUUCCUCUCCUGGUGGCCCGUCCGAGCAGACCUGCCGCCCCGCGCGGCGCUCCCACGCCUCCCCCAACAGCACGGGCCCUCCUCUCCCGGGCCUCGACUUGGGCCCCUCCCCUCAAAGGGACCAAACUCGGGAGCCCAAGCCUGGACGACCCCCUGCCCGCUCGCAGUCCUUGCCCCGGGUGGCUCUCGGUGAGGCAGCGGGGAGAUCCUCUAAGUGCCUGGCGGGCAGAGAACGCACGCGCAGUGUAAGGGCGCUGCGAGCCCCGCCCCCGCCCCCGCCCCCCGGGCUGCGGGAGCCGAUGCCGCACCCCGUCCCCAGCCACUCACAGACCUGCCAGGGCCGAGGACCAGCUGGCCUCACGCUACUCGGAGCUUGGCUGUUGCGAGCUCUAGAGCCUGGAAGCGUGGUCCUCUUCAGGAGCCCACCGGCCUAG